CGUAUACCGCAGAAGGCAGUCAGCCAGCUCGCUAGGUUAGGAAGCGCGCGCCUUUCAGUUAGCCAAUCGACCGUCGCGUAUGACUCGUGUGGGCACUUUUUCCGUCGCAGUCGUUGGAUACCUGGGUAGCAUAGUCGAUUAAGGAUUGUAAAAUUUGGAAAAAUCAAAUCCCGCACUCAGUUAAUAAUGCCAUUAUGCCAAUGGAAACGAAGAAAUCGAAUAGUGUAAAGUGCACAAUGCUUUUGGAUUAAAAAGUGUUAUGUUAUAAACAGAAGAAAGAAGUGUGAUAGCCAGUUGAAUACAAACCACAAUCAGAGUGGCUGAAAGUGAUAACACCGAAUGAAUCUAUGGAUUACGCAUUGCUCCCCGUGAAGUAAAAUUGCGCCGUGUCCAACGAAGAGAACGUUCUAUGUUAUAUUUAGCAUAGUUUAAAAAGUGUACAGUUAUGGCAAAAUAAAAAAAAACAAAUCUUUGAAUCGGCAUAAUGAAACGGAUGCGUGAACAGUGCUGACAAAGUGUUAACAUAGUGUUACAUCAAAUAACGCUUAGAGUGAGAACGGUACGCCCGAACGAAGAAUAAAAAAUGCACUUAGCUACUUCCGAAGUGACCUCCACAACCAAUCCAACAUCGAUGGAGCUCAAUGGUGGCGGAACGAAAACAGACAGUGUCAAUUCCAACGGAGCCACCGUUGACUGCAGCACCUCGAAGCAUCAACCGCUAACGGCGGAAACUCUAGCGGAACGAACCAUCGAAGGUCUGCUGGCGGACCAUCCCGGAGAGCUAAUCCGCACCGGAUCACCACAUGUGGUAUGCACAGUGCUUCCGAAUCACUGGCGAUCAAACAAGACACUGCCCGUGGCCUUCAAAGUGGUUGCCCUGGGAGACGUGGGCGACGGAACGAUGGUCACUGUGAUGGCAGGCAACGACGAGAAUUUCUGCGGAGAGCUUCGCAACUGCACAGCCAUAAUGAAGAAUCAGGUGGCAAAAUUCAACGACCUCCGCUUCGUUGGUCGCAGCGGACGAGGAAAAAGUUUCACCCUGACGAUAGUGAUAUCGACGGUCCCGAUCCAGGUUGCAACGUACAGCAAGGCGAUCAAAGUGACGGUGGAUGGUCCGCGAGAACCGCGGUCCAAAAUUCGGCAUCAGGGCUUCCAUCCAUUCGCGUUCGGACCACAACGAUUCGGGCCAGAUCCACUGAUGGGAACGCUGCCCUUUAAGCUGCCAGGGUUUCCACAUCAAUUAGGCGGUAUGGCGGGCCAUUUACAUAUGGCCAACGAUUGGCGGCAGCUCAAUGGUCGGACUGCGGCUGGAUUUCCAACUUCGCAUUUUUUCCACCACCAUGCGGCCACCAAUCCAGCCCAUUUUGCACCGCACAUGCUGGCCGCCAUCGAUCGCAUUGAGCAACACCAACAACAACAGCAACAGCAACAACAGCAGCAGCAGCUUCAACACCAUCGACAACACCCGUCGGCGGCGGCUACAACGAUGGGAAUGCUCUCAGCGGUAGCCGCAGCAGCGUCCACUUCGGCGUCCACCGUUGGCAUCUUUAACAAUGGACCGGGCGGCGGGGGCGGCAGCAAUAAUGGCGGAGACUCCACAAUAAACUCGCCCCGGAUUAGCGAUUCCAAUGAUGUGCACAACACACUAAACAACUGCAAUCCUCACAGUACAACUAGUCCAAAGAGUUCACCGAAUCCUUCCAACGAAGCCAACCAACGUGUCUCCUCCAAUACGGGUGACCCGAAAUUACCCUCAGACGCAGACUACGAUCGCGAGGAUUUGGAUGACGACAACGAUCAGAUCAGUGUCACCGGUUCCGAUCAAGGCAGUAACGGUCCAGUGGAAAGCGAUCGGCGCAGUCCCAUACUGGGUGGAGCUUUUACUUCACUGAUUCAGAAAAACCAUGCCAAAAUGAAAAGCGGUCUGGAAAUAUUUCAAAACGGAUCGUUUACCUCUGGCCCUUAUCCACCACACGUGCAACAACCUCAUCCUCUCAACCAUGCCCUGGCUGCGCAACUAUUCUUCCAAAAUCCCCUCAUACCACAGCCAAACCAUUGGCUUUACAACCAACUGUACGGAAACUACCAGGAGCUUCCGUGGUUCAGACAAUCAUUGUUUGCCAACAAUAACAACAACAACAACAACACGCCAAACAACGACAGCAAAGACAGCCUCGAUUCGCCGAAAAGUACCGAAAACAACGGAAACAAACGCUCCAUCACAGUCGUUUCCAGCAACGGCGAAGACGAAGAGGAAUGCUCACCGCGGAAAACGAUCGCCAUCGACGACGAGGACGAUGACCGGAGAAAAACGUCACCCUCGGUGACGUCGACGAAACGUUCACCCAGUCCUCCGGAAGUAUCACCGGCGUCACCAUGCACGGACAGUGUGUCCAGUCUGACGGUUCUGACGGAGGGCGCAACAAAAUUACGCAGGUGUAGUUCAGGGGAGAAGAUAAAUCGAGAGCAGCAGCAAAAUGCCAAACAAAGCGACGUGUGGCGCCCUUACUAGGAGGGUUUGGGUUGAUUUGUAAAGACAGAUAGAAGUACACAGAAAAUUGGAUCAAAUUUUGAGGAAUUUACGAGUGUCAAUCAACGAGUUGAUUGUUCUGCUUUUGAUGAAAAACGUGUUCUAGUCAGAUUUUUUUCAAAAUAUGUACUGUCAGAUAAAAUGGCCUUAGAAGCACCUCCGGUAGGACCUCAGUUUUGAAGCCUUGUGCAACGCUUCAUUUAAUUCCUCAACGACGUGUUUUAGUGGCUGCCUUGAUAGUUGAUUGAUCUCCAUCGCUUUGGUGUUUUCAGCUGGCUGAUCUCUUUCUGGACUUCCUGGAAGUCUGGAGCUGUAAUCCGUAUGUCCAGCAUUCGUGCUGUCAUAAUCGCCACCUUCGUUGUUUGCUGUUGUGCUUUUCAUAGCGAUGUCGCCAGCGUUGGACAAUCCCACAGUCCAGUUUCAAGGACAUCCAGGAUGUUCAAACCAUAAAAGACCUUUGGGGACGUAUAUAGUCCUUCACGAUAUUUCGUUCUACUAAGCAUACCUUAGUAGCCCUUCUUAGUGGAUCUUUGAGGAUCAUGCACAUCAUGCACCUUCACGGGUCUACUGGGACCUUCGUAAACCUGCCCAAACCUUUACGCGUGAAUUCUUGAGCCAGUCCACCGUCUUGUAGCUUCAUAUUUGCACACAGUUGAACGUUUUGAACGCAAGCACACUGCUAAGCCAUCGGAAUUUAUGGUUGCACUGCGAUAGUG